UACCAUUUUGGAAUAGCCAUUAACGCUACCUUACCCUCUGCUUUUCGUUUUUGUGGCUUCCUUAUCGUCUACUCUUGUCCUUCAAAAACCUUCAAUUUCCCAUUUCAGAUUCUUUCUCUUCCAACCCUCCAUCUCUCCUCCUCCUCCUAUGCCUUUUCUAUUUCCACAACUUUGCCUUUCAACCCUCUUGAUUUCGUUUUGAUCCUCAUCUCUCUCUCUCUCUGCUGUCGGACUGCAAGGGAGGUAUGAAUUCUUAUUCAAAGGUGCAUUGAUUAAAUGAUUUGGUCGUUAAGGUCUAGAAGAUGGCCUUAAUUACCCAUCAUUCUCAGGGUUCUUAUGCAGAAUUUUCAUCAAGAUUGUCAUUCUGGAAUGGCUCUUUGAAUCUAAAACAGCGUGUAACAUCUGUUCGCACUGUUGGGAGAACUGAACACCAUACUCCAUUGAGGAGCAAUAUCUGUUUUAGCGUAGGGACUCCUCGAUUAUGUGGCCCAAGAUCUAAUCUCCUGAGAGUUUCGGCCUUCAAAAGCACUGCUCGUAUAGAUGAUGAGACAGGUGGGGUAGCAAAUGGAUCCAAGAUUUCCAGCUACCCUGUAAAGCUUAAAGAUGUUGAUCAUUGUACAGAAACUCCAAAGGCAAACAAUGUUCCGGUUUGUUAUGCCUCUGGAGCAAAUGAGGAUAUUGCUCCAUCUCCUGCUAUUCAAAAAUUGUUCAAGAAAUGGUUGGAAUUGUUGCGCAGACAACCUGUAAGUCAAGAUGUGGAUGGGAUUCUGGAGGAUCUACCCUCGGCAGAGAUGUCAGAUACUCAGCAAGAGUCCAAUAAAAAGGAAAGCAAUGACAUUCUUCAAGGGGUUUGGUUCCACUUUCUGGGACUUAAUGCAGCAGUGAAGAUUCCUUUGCUAAUGUUUGUUCCUCUGUACCUGGCGGUCAAUGUGUUUUAUGGGGCUGAAGUUUCAAGAGAGUUGACUCCUCUUUGGAUUUUGGGGCCCUUAGUGACUGCUUUCUACAUCAAAAUUUGUCACUGGAUGUGUGCGCUCUGUAUCUUCAGCUUUAUGCAGGCGGUUAAACUAAUAUUGAACAGCCCCACUUACUUAUGGAUAGUAUAUCACUAUAUCAUACGAGGGAAACUUGUAGAACGUUUCAUGCAAUCUAUAAUCAAAAUUGACUUGAAAGCACUACCAAAAAGAAAGCUCAUGGAGUUAAGAGGGUGGGCUAUUGAGAAGUACCUUGACUAUGUGGAAUCAAAUUGGCAACGCUACUUCAGAACAAUCAGGUUCUUAAAGAGAGCUCAUCUGAUUUAGACUACUGCUUGUAUUUUGAGGCAAAUCUUUACCAAGAACAAAGGCUAGAUCCGGUUUCUUUCUCACGUUAUCUAAGAUGCAUGAUUCGUUGUUAAAGCAGGGCUGGCUGACCACUUUUAAUGUGAGAUUAUUGGUGUUUGAUGAGUUAAUGAAGGAUCAGAACAACUUGAGUUUUCCGAUUUUUGUUAAUGUUGUGAUGAGGAUGUAAUUUUCUUAACUCUUCGUGUCCUUUUAAUUGGAAGAGGCUCCACAUUUAUUUGCAUUUUUCUUGUUAUAAUGAUGUAUAUGUAAGCAUUAUCAACUUGAAUGUUAGCAAUCAGUCAUAUUUGAUAUAUUGUAUUGCUUCAUUUCCA